AUGCUUAUAGUUUCCGUAGCUUCAGCUCCCAAAAUCACCCUUCUUCCCAAUUCCAUAUCUUCUGUACCUUCAUUUAAUACACGUAGUCUUCCAUCUGCAACGAUUUCCAAUGGUGGGUUAGUGAUAGAAUGUUCAUCGAGGCCACGGAAGAAGGCAACGAAGCAUCACAUGAAGACAAGGCCACGCAAGACUCAGCCAUGGGACAUAAAGAGGAAGCCCGCCGUUUACGCUCCUUUGCCUCCACUCCCUCCUGAUUGGACCCUGGUUUCCAGCGGUGCUGCCGAUGAUGUUGUUGCUGAGGAUGGUCUCGCUGGAGCUGCUCUACCGGCACCUGUUUCAAGCGGGUAG